CUAUCAGCUACCCGUCAAAUCGUUCCGCUGAACCACCUUCUACAACAGUUUGGAGAAAUGUCGGGAUUGAAGGUCCAGCCGAAGAAAAGUGUACUGAUCCCGUUGAAUACAGCAUGGUCUCAGAAGUGGUGUCAUGGUUACCCUGUGCUUGCAAAAGGUGAUACCACUCUUAUCUUGGGUUAUCACUUUGGUAAUCACGAUACGACAGGCUACAAUUGGGAAAUACGGCUCAUGAAUUGUAAGAAACGAUUGCAAGUUGCGACCCAGGUUACUAAUUCCGUGAAGCAACGGGUAGUCCUCUUCAAUACGGUAAUACUACCAGCGAUCUUGUUCACUGGUAUGCAUUUCACUGUACCGAGAGAGAUUCUGAAGCGGCUCGAGCGACUCCAAAAAAGAUUUAUAUGGAAAGGUACAACGAAGGAGGUCAAUGGUCGGCAUAAA